CAAAAGAUCAAAAAUUUCUCACGAAACCUUUUUCUUAUUAUAAUUGUAUCAAGCACCUUUUUUUCUUCUUUUUUUUCUAAUGCCUGUUUAUCUCAAGCAGAACUACUUCGAACCCACCCUUGCAUCGGCCCUUCUCGCCCUCCUCACCCCCUCUCCUCUCUACCUCUUAUUCUUCCUCCAUAACUCUCCGCUCGUCCUUAAGCAUUCCACAGAAUGCUCCGCUCCUCCCUCCUCCGGGCGAUUCGCACCCCACAGGCCCUGAGAGCCUAUAGCACUCAAACCAUCCCUGACAUUGAUGCUUCAAAAUUGACCAUUACCCGCACCCAAACACCAAAGGCUCUGAUGAAACCAGAGGACCUUAUCUUUGGGCGCAACUUCACCGACCACAUGCUAUCUAUCGAAUGGACCGCUCGAUCUGGCUGGGCCGCCCCUAAGAUAACUCCAUAUCAAAACCUCUCCCUCGAUCCCGCAACCUGCGUUUUCCACUACGGUUUCGAAUGCUUUGAAGGAAUGAAGGCCUAUCGCUCCACCGUGAACGGGAAGUCCAGCAUCCGCAUGUUCCGCCCUCAUAAAAACAUGCAGCGCUUAAAUAAAUCCUCUGUUCAUUCCGGAUAA